AGCCUCCACAUAUAAAUGAAAUAGGACGUGUAAGUGGACUGCCCCUUUAAACUUGUAGAAGGAAUAGCAGAUGAUACAGACCAAAAAGUACACAGACAAUCAUUUCCUCUUUUAAUAGUAAUGAGCAGAGAUGAUGAUUGGAAGAAACAAAAAAGGAAGUAGAAGAAAAAAUCGUCACCAACAUCUGGUAUUUAUUAGAGAGAUGACGAUAAAAUGUUAUUGCUUUCAGUAGAGUCACAUCAACUGGACAUCCGUCUGAGGCUAAAGACCAUCCGAAUACAGAGCUUGAAGAAAUGCCAUCUUCCCCGAGUUUACAGAUUCUCAUUUGUCUCAGUUUCAUCAUCUUUCCUGAUAUAACAAUGUCAGAGUACUACAUACACCAGGUACCAGCGAGGAUGACAGAAGAAGUUGGGCAGUCGGCCAGCAUACAAUGUUGGGUGGAGAAAGAUAUUGACAUUAGAGAAAUAUCUCUGUAUAAACGGAACUCCUUGAUCUUCACACUUAAUAUUAGCCGUGACAACCUCUCCAAAACGCUGGAAGUCUCUGGCGCCUAUAAUCAAUUUACCUGGAUCUUAAAUCAAGGUGGCGGAGGAACAUUUCCAUGCAAAACCGCAAGCUCUCCAGAGUCGCCCACCAUGUACUGCCAUAGCCCAGGUGAGAAGGAUACACACAUAUAUGUAUGGAAUGGAACUGAGGUGGCAUCAUUUUCGGUGGAAAACAUUUUGGAUUACGAAAGUCGUAUCCGGCUUUCCGGGACCGUUCGGAACCUCACAAUUUGGCUGACCGAUCUGAGCGUGAGCGACCGGGACGGAUAUACAUGUCGCGGGAAAGCAGAUCACAUUGGCGAUAUUACGGGACAUGAAACUUCUCUUUCUGUAGAAAACCCCCCCACAGGACACGGUUGUAUUGUAAUUGGAUUUGUCGCUGCAGCAGGUGGAUUUCUCACCGGAUUAGCGAUUUUUUGUUGUUUAAAAGAAAAAAUAUACUUACAAUUAAACAAUGCCAAUCAAAGAAGACAGAUCUCUUUGGUUAAUAAAGCUAAUAAAAGAAAAAAUGCAAAAUUCCCACAAAGUCUGGCCUUAUCGCGCACCAUCAGUGCCUGACCUCACAAAUGCUCUUCUGGAAGAAUGGUCAAACAUUCUCAUAGACACCCUCCUAAACCUUGU